AAUACACGCACGGUUGCACAAGGACAAGGCACGUGAUCCCCUCGCCGAUAACUCUGCCACGUCAUACCAUCAACUGCUGCGUCUCAGUACUCAGUAGUCAGAAAGACGCAAGCCGGCAAAGUUCAUCUGCGGCUGCUUACUGUUCCCAAGCAGUUGGCAUUGGCAAUCCGCCAGACGCAAGCGUCCCCCUCCGCUCCUCUCAACCGGCACGGCGCCAGGUCCGCGGCGAAAUCGGUGGACGGCAUGCCGCGGCGCGAGGCGGCGAGGCUUCUCCGCCGCCUGGGCCCGAUCGCUGUCCAGUCGCCGAAGCGAGGCAUGCCUCAUAAUCAAUAUGAAUCCACAAACCACGCUGUGAAUUCUUAUAGAAGAUUCCACUGGAUUCCCAGUGUACAGCACCCUCUGUGUGGACCUACAAGUAGUGGGGGAAUAUAUGAAGGUCAACGCAGUGCUAACAAGGCUUGUGAAGUUCAGAAGCGCACAUUUGGUUCUGCUGCAACACAGUUUCAGAGGAAUCCAGCCUAUUCAGUGCUGAACUCUGAUGACAUUGCUUACUUCAAGAGCAUCUUGGGAGAAAAUGGUGUAGUUCAGGAUGAAGACAGAGUUGCAGUUGCAAAUGUAGAUUGGAUGGGUAAAUACAGAGGUGCAAGUCAGCUAGUACUUUUACCAAAAACUACUACUGAGGUAUCUAAGAUUCUUUCAUAUUGCAACACCAAACGAUUGGCUGUGGUUCCACAAGGUGGCAACACAGGUCUUGUAGGUGGAAGUGUGCCUGUUUUCGAUGAGGUGAUUGUUGGCCUUGCAGGCAUGAAUAAAAUUAUUUCCUUUGAUAACGUAAAUGGAAUUCUUACUUGUGAAGCUGGUUGUGUGUUGGAGAAUUUAAGUACCUUCGUGGAAAAUGAAGGGUUUAUUAUGCCACUUGACUUGGGAGCGAAAGGUAGUUGCCACAUCGGUGGAAACAUUUCAACUAAUGCUGGCGGCCUGCGUUUUAUACGCUAUGGUUCACUUCAUGGAAAUGUUCUUGGUCUUGAAGUUGUCCUGGCUGAUGGGACUAUCCUUGAUAUGCUUACUACUUUAAGGAAAGACAAUACUGGGUAUGAUCUGAAGCACUUAUUUAUAGGAAGUGAAGGCUCGCUAGGAGUAGUCACCAAAAUAUCAGUACUUACACCUGCAAAGCUAUCUUCAACCAAUGUUGCAUUUCUUUCCUGCAAUGAUUACACAAGCUGCCAGAAAUUACUACUGGCAGCUAGGAGGAGCUUGGGUGAGAUCUUGUCUGCAUUUGAAUUCAUGGAUCAUCACUGUAUUGAUCUGGCUAUGCAACAUUUGGAAGGAGUUCAAAAUCCUUUACCUGCAUCACCGUACAAAUUUUACGUUCUAGUUGAAACAACAGGAAGUGAUGAAUCAUCUGACAAGACAAAACUGGAAGCUUUUUUGUUGCGUUCAAUGGAAGAUGGUUUAGUAGCUGAUGGAGUUAUCGCACAGGAUAUCAGCCAAGCAUCAAACUUUUGGAGGAUCCGUGAGGGUAUAUCAGAAGCAUCCGUCAAAGUUGGAGCUGUGUACAAAUAUGACUUGUCCAUAACUGUAGAGAAGCUCUAUGAUAUUGUUGAAGAAAUGCGCUGCCGUCUUGGUGAUAAUGCAGAGGUAUUGGGCUAUGGCCACCUUGGAGAUGGGAAUCUGCAUUUGAACAUUGUAUCAAGCAAAUAUGACGACAAUAUUCUCGCACAAAUUGAACCAUUCGUCUAUGAGUGGACAUCAGCACAAAGAGGAAGCAUCAGCGCAGAGCAUGGUUUGGGGCUAAUGAAAGCUGAGAAGAUUCACUACAGUAAAUCACCUGAAGCAGUACAACUAAUGGCCUCCAUCAAGAAGUUGCUGGACCCCAAGUCGAUCCUUAAUCCCUACAAGGUUCUGCCGCAGUCUGUACUGUAGCUAAAAGGUUAGGACCCUGUAAGUAAAGGAGUUUGUUAGGGCUGCUUGAUGCUUGAAUGGACUGUGAGCGGAGGCAACCGAAUAAUUGAGGCGAACAUGCUUAUCGGCGUUCCCAAUGUAAUGAUUCAGUUGGUGGCGUCGUCAAACCACAUCGGAUGUCAUCUGGAGAAAGAGUCAUUUUACUUUGUCAUUCAAACUUUCAGGAUUAGCAUUGAAAUUCAUAAUUUGAAUGCUAACAAUUCAGGAUACCAUCUGCUAGCAUAUAAGAUGUCCAGUCUAGAGGAUAAACUGCAGCAUAUGAACCUUGCUCAUUAGGCCGACAUCUGCUAGCGCCAAUUGGCAAGCACUGAAACUUGAUGUUGCGCUGUAGGUACGGUUGGUGUGGGAACAAAUGAACGGAUAAAUUCAGGGGGGAAAUCGGUACUUUAGGGCUAGUUUGCCCCAUUUUUAUAAGAAAA